AUGGCUACCCCUUCUCCUUCGUUGGCCCAGGCCGUGACCAAAAAGAACCCUGAGGGUAUCGACCUUUAUGCUCGCUUUGCGCUUGCUGGCGCCCUGGGUUGCUCCAUCACACAUGGAGGUUUCACUCCUGUCGAUGUCGUCAAGACUAAGAUCCAGCUUGAUCCCGUAACCUACAACCGCGGCACCAUCGCUACCUUCCGUCAAGUCGUCGCCAAUGAGGGUGCCGGUGCUCUCUUGACUGGUGUCGGCCCCACCUUUGCUGGUUACUUCGUCCAGGGUGCCUUCAAGUUCGGAGGUUACGAGUUCUUCAAGAAGCAGUCGAUCGACUACCUUGGUCUUGAGACUGCAAGAGCCAACCGUGGUAUGGUCUACGCCGUCUCUGCUGCCAGUGCCGAGUUCUUUGCUUCCGUUGCUUUAUGUCCUCUCGAAGCUACCCGCAUUCGUCUCGUCUCUACUCCCGGAUUUGCCAAUGGUUUGGUUGGUGGUUUCAGCAGAAUUCUGAGAACUGAGGGUCCUGGUGCCUUCUACUCAGGUUUCGGCCCCAUCCUGUUCAAGCAAAUCCCUUACACCGUCACCAAGUUCCUCGCCUUUGAAAAGUUCUCCGAAGCAAUCUUCCACUCGUUGGGCGACAAGUCAUCUCUGAGCCCCGGCACGGUCACAAGCGUCAACCUCGGUGCUGGUCUCCUCGCUGGUUUCGCCGCUGCCAUCGUCUCUCAACCCGCUGAUACCAUGCUCUCCAAGAUCAACAAGACCAAGGGUCUGCCUGGUGAGAGUACUGCCUCGCGCCUGGUCAAGAUUGCCGGCGAGUUGGGUCUUCGUGGUUCCUUUGCUGGUUUGCCUACCAGAUUGGUCAUGGUCGGUGGUUUGACUGCCGGUCAGUUCGCCAUCUACGGUGAUAUCAAGAAGGCUCUUGGUGCCACCAACGGUGUCGAAAUUGCAAAGUAG